AAGGUAGCGACCCCAGUCAACAUGGCUCCUGUGCCGGCUGAGUAUUUCGGUGUUUGCUUCUAAUUUUCGUUGUUUUCCGGACACGUAUGCAUGUGACAGGUGAUUUCAGCUUGAAGAUGUGGAAGCUCAAAGUGCUUGUUGCAAUUUCAACUUGAAUUCAAUAAGAUAUUCGUACGCAAUCAUGAAUUCAAGAAUAAACUUUCUGGCGAACCUCGGGCGCUGCUCGCGCCUUCUUCGGCGGCUACCCUCGAGUCACUCAAGGGCGUCGUACUCGAGGCAACUCUCGCGCAUUAAGAAACUCGUCGAAGAGGCCGCAGUUACCCAAACUAUGUUCGGGUUCAAGGACUACCUACUGGAGUCGUCGGGACUGCAGCAAUCGCAGUUCGUGAAGCGAUUCCAAGCGUGUAAGUCCAUCGACGAGGUGUUGCUCUUCGCGUUCGCCGGUAAGCAGAUGAAACCCUCAGAAUUGGUGGCUUGUCUCGACGCCUUGGUCAAGGUUCAGUACAGAAUCCUCUCGAGCUUCCAGUGGGCGUAUUACGACAGCGAGCUCACUCUGUGGAUCCAGGCGGACGUCAACUCCGACACCGAAGACUCCUUUCGGUCGCUUCAUCGUCAUCCGAGUUUCCUCGACCUCUUGCGCGAGAUCGAUACAAACACGAAGCACUUUUCUCCUGGCGAAGUUGUCGACGCGUUGCACGCGUUACUAAAGUUGUUUGUGGACAGGGAGCACGAUGUCCUUGUCAGGCUACAAGAGAAAGCGUUGCAGACCUGCGGGGAGCUGAACCUCGCUUCUCUGGGCAAGCUUUCCGAAGCGUCAAACUUCCUAAAACGUGGCGGCUUCAUCGUCAACUCGCUCAUCUGCUCCCUUCUACAGGACUCGUUCGAGGCCGUGCCGCUUUCCGCGGACAGCUAUCGAGACCUUGCCUUAGUAUUGUUCAACGUUGCGUACUUCUUGUCGCCGGAGUACAUCGACACCAUCCUAGAGAAGGCGGCUACGAUCCUGUGCUCGUCGAGUUCCGAUGUUUCGCCGUCAGACACGGUUUCAUUCAUCGUAGCUGGUGGCAGGUUUUCUACGAAAGAUCCCCAAGUCGUGGCUCCGUUUUUAGAGCACCUCGUGCGAAACGUCUCUAGUCUCUCGGUUCACCAGCUCUCGAGUCUCGUGCGCAUCGCACGGUUUGGAAAAUUCGAAGACUCGCGGCUGAAAGAGGCCGUCCGAGAGCAAGCGCUAGCCAGGAUCGAGCGUGGCCUCCUGCGCACGUCGGACGUAGUGAGCUUGGUCAGCAUCUUCGACGUUGUCGGCUGGACGGACGGCCUCCGAAGGGAGUUUUCGGACCUUCUCAAGAUUCACAUGUCGGACCUGGACGCGCUUCUGAUUAAGCAUAUGGCUAAUAGCAGCUUCCUGACCGACCCCGCCGAAAAGAACUUGACUUAUCUGUUUGCAAAUCGCUGGUUCGAGAAGUUGCCAGACGUGUGCAGCAGCGUUUCAGCCCUCAUGGUGCUGGUGCAACUCUAUGGUCGUACUUCUAUCAUACCGAAGCAAGCUCAGACUGCUCUUGAGGAGAGACUUGUCCAAGAACUCAAGUUUGGACAGCUGGCAAUGCAGCCAGACCGGGCAGUGGCAUGCUGCAACUUCCUCUUCAGGUUCGGCAACCAAAAGUCGAAGGAGUACUCCCUUCGUCUUCUGGAUGACAUGAAGCUCCAGCUAACCCCGGUCCGCAUCUACAAGCUGCUGCGUUCAGUCAAAUUCCAGCCCGAAUUCGCCUUGAGGCACAACGUACCAGAAAUCUGGUACAGCCACGUCGUGGCAAACAGGCACGAUAUCCCAGACCUGCAGGUGGCUUCUUACCUCAUGAGCAAGUUUUUCUCUUCCUCCCAACACGAGCUACAGCAGACGCUCUCACGUGGGGAUGCCCAGGUGUGGGCUGAAAUCUUCGAGGAGAAUGCGUCGCAUCCACAGCUCCGUUCCCUCCGUCAUACACUCGGCUGCGUGUCCGAUCACAACCUGUACGUGCCUGCAACGCUCGAGGUGUUGUGCGAGUUUGCUCUGCAGUGCGGACUGAGCGUCGAGCUCGCCAUGAACCUGGUUGGGGCCUGCGCCAAAGUGGAUUUCAGGCCACAGUGCUUUGAUGAACUGGGGACACUGUACGCUGGCCAGCUGGCGGAGAUGAUGGACAAUCAGAAGUUUCCCAUGAUCCAGGGUCUACACUUUGCUCGCAGUCUUGCCUAUUUGGACUGCCUGUCGCCACCCCUCGUGCAAAAGAUCUUCAGCGUGGAACUCUUGCGAAAGGUAGACGCAGUCAUUGAAGAGUGCCCAGAGGAAGAGGACGAACUGAACCAGCUAUUGUUCGAGAUCAACCGUUGCGUGGUACUUCAGCAUCCCGAGCUCGACAUUCCUUGGAUUUGGUCUGGGCCCCCACAAAAUGCAGAGACCAGUGCUGGUAUUAUCACAAAGAGCGAUGAUUUUCGGUCGUCGGUGGGGGACGUUCUGCGAGACAUUUCUGGUGGUGACGGACUCAUCCGACCAAAGGUGCUGUCGCCAUAUUUCCAUCCCAUUGACUUUGAGUGCCACACAAGCGACGAGUUUGGCUUUGUCAGUUUACAUGACAUCAGAAUAAAACCAGAGUUGUCUUUCACAAGACAUGCCAUCGUGCUCUUGGACCAACGAGAUUUCUGUAGCAACGAAGACCACGUCCUUGGGGACACUGCAACAAAACUUAGGCAUUUGGAAAUUCUGGGUUACCAUGUUGUAAAGAUACCGCACAACGAGUUUUCUAGUCUGAGCAUGGACUCACAGGCCAAGAGAGACUAUUUGCAAAAGAAGAUAUUCGGAAGGUGACACACGACUCUGGAGUUCAUAGGCUUAAGAAUCUGAUGCGUGUACAGUGGAGUGUAUAAAUAAAAUGCUACGAUUGUUUUAUUCAUAAAAAUAAAA